AUGUCACCUACUACCGGCGUCAUCGAAAUCGCCAUAGAUGCUGACUUGCCUCCUUCGUCGUAUGAUGGCAGUCACCUUCCCUGGAAAUCCUACCGUCACCAUGUCCUCGGCCCACAUCGCAUCAGGAUAGUUGAGACAGCACCAAAAGAGAAGCUUCCGACAAAUCUUCUUACCAUGAUAGAAGCGGACAUGCCAAACGCGGCGAGGUUCGAUGACCUCAAGCAAUCGUUCCGGGAACAAGUUGUCAUGGGAAGGGGCUUUGGACCCUCGCCCUUAUUUCCUCCGAACUUGCUUCCGCCUAUCGACAACGAACCGAGACUUGCUCGAUGUAUGAUCCCAUACUUCAGUCGGGAAGCCCUCCCAGAGCGCGCUAUCAAUCAGAUGGGCCCUCUCUAUGAGCUCAACAUUCCUCGCUCGGGACUUGGCUGCGGCUUCUCGUCUUCAGCUCUGACCGCAGAAGAGCUCAAUACCUUGCCCUCUUGGCUGGUGACCACAGGGACCAUUGUCCACUUCGACACUGGUUACAUCUCACCCGGCGCUGCGGUCUACUGCCCUUUCCUCGUAUUCGAACGUGCCCAUGCUGGUGAUAGUCAACAACGAUUGGAGGUUGCCAACAACCAAUGUGCGACGGGAGGAGCAUGUUGUGUUCGUGCACUUCAGAUGCUAUACGCUCAGGCCUGGAAGGGACAGAUGAUGCCCGAGCUGCCAAUAUCCUUCUCCUGCGUCAUCGAGAACUCAUUUGCAGUGAUGAAUUUACAUUGGAUCGACCAUGGCCAGGCGUAUUGCAUGGCACCCUUGUGCAAAUUUGACCUCACCAAGGAUGAACACUUCAACCAAUUUCUUGUUUGGGUCGACUCGAUCGGCAAAUGGGCGCUUAGGCAUCUGCUGCCCUUGGUCCAGAAAGCAUUGGAGCUAUUGCGCGCGAAAGAAGACACACCACCUUCUACUCCAAAGGCCACUCGGCUGACAGUCGACACUGCGGACUGUCCCAAUGACGCACUUAUCAAAUCUCUCAAGACCACUUUCGAAAACAUCCCUUGGCGGUUUGAAGAUGACGAAUUCACUCCCGUUAGCAGUAGUACUGCCAGCUGGGGGAGUCCAAUGGUCAACGACACCAAUUUUACGUACUACCCGGCUGUGCCUCGACAAGCAGGACGCACUCCUACUUCUGCCGUGCAGAGAAAACAAUAUCUUACACAAGUAGGCCAGCAUCCCACGCCCCCGCCAGCUUAUGCUCAUAAUCCAGAUCUAGUGUGGCAGAGGCGCUUUGCACACGCUAUGGAUGAGAUCCGAGACCUCCAGCGCCAGCUACAGAUGUUGAGAACUGACGUCAACGGAUCGAAUUUGUCCUUCCAGAACGAAUUGUCUGGGAUCAAAACGACAGUACACUCCGUCCUGCGCAAGGAGACGCUCACCCUCCGCAACAGGUCUAUAUCUCUCGGAAUUCAAGAGAUGUGGUCGAAUCAGAACGUCCCACGAAGUCCACUGGUCAAUGAAGUCCGCCCCUCCAUCAGCCCUGAGAAGGCCUCGUUCUAUGAAAAGAGGAGAAAUAACUCUGUGCCACUCUCGCCCAAGAUGUUCUCGGCCGGACUUCCAUCUCCUGGUCUACCUUCACCAGGGAUGCUCUCGCCAGGCAUGCCUUCUCCAACCUUCUCAAUGUACAGCGAGAACAACAUGGUCGUCAUCCCACCUGCACCUCCAAAGUCAGCAUCUUUCCUGAAGUUUGCCACUGCCAUGGUUACAGGGCACAUGAUCGGAGUCUUCAUCCCGAAUAUGCUAUUGCGAGUUUUUGUGCUGGGCUGCAUCACUGACGUCUGCAUGUUGGCAUUUGCGAGCCCUCAUUUGCCAAGUUCAGCAGAUUAUCUACUCUCAUUUUGGCGAACUUCGCGUUGACUCGGUCUCAACGGCGAAGUAUGGUAUCACCCACGGCUUUUUCCUUUCUCAGCGGGGCGCUGGUGGUGUUUGUUUCUGGAACGGGAAAAUCAUAUUUCCUGAAGGACUUUCCUUAUCGUGUAGGGUAAAUCGAGUCGAGAUCGAUCGGAGGAGGAACCCCCCGAGAUGCUGGCAACAGCACCUAUUCAAAUCAGCGAUCGCGUAAAGUGGUGGCAAGGCGGAUUUGUACAUUAGCAAACAUUGCAGGUUGUACGGAGUAUAUAGAAGCUUGAUUGAAC